AGCCUAUGUGUGGUGUUUGCUUCGCAAAACGAACAAUUCCUCGCGGCGCAAGGGACCCGACGGCCAGUAGCCAUGAGUGUCCUCGAUCCAUCCAAGGACAAGUUAGCAUACUUCAAGGACAACAUUCAGACAGCAGAAGACCAGGAGGACUUUGAUGCGAGUCAGUACUACUACAAUCGACAGGAAGGGUUCUUCAAGGCAGCGCAAUCGGGUCUAGCAGGUUGGCACCCUAGUGCAUCCAUCAUGACUUCGAGGCCGUAGGCAACGACGGUCUUUCGCCCGGAGCAGGAUUGACCAUGCCUUCGAUGCCACCUGGUGCGUUUGGAAGCUUUGGAAGUUCAGGCAGUAGUUCGCAGUCCAGCAUGAAUUCGUUUCUUGCGGCGACCACGACGGGGUUGGGGAUGGGAAGCAUUGGCAUGUCAAGCAUGGGCAUGGGAGGUGGUGUUGGCAUGGGGAUGGGCAUGGCAACUAGCAACACCGCGAGCAACAUCAACGUCCUUCGGCCGACACCGGCUGCGCCGACCAGUGCACUUCCUGCGCACGAGAUGAACUACAUGGCGCGUACAUUGAGCACGGAAGCCAUCCCUACCGCGCCGAAAGCACCGCGCCAGAUCUUUUCGGACAAAGGCCCCGACAUGUCCGAGUUCCCCGCGCUCACGUCUCGCUCGCUAUCGCUGGACGUCGACACGGGCGCCUCGUACCGCCAAAACUCGGAAUUUGUGAUUCAAAAGGAGGACUUUCCCGCCUUGUCGGCGUUUGGGUCGCAGCCCUUGACCAGCAACGAGAAGGCCAUGUCCACGACCAACGACGCCAUGCUGCAGCGCCACCAGCCCACGACCACCAACAACAAUGCGUCGAUCGGGUCUCGGUCUUCUGGGGGCAGCCUGACCAACUUCUCCCAAGGCAAUUUUCAAGCCAACAACUUGAACUCGUUUCCCACGCUCUCGGAGGCCAAACAGGGCAACGGCGCGUCUGACAGACAAGACGAACACCCCAAGUUUGGCUUGAUUGGCAUGCUGCAGUUCAUGCGACCCAACGACUCGGAGCGGACGCUCGUGCACGGCUACGACUUGACAUCGCUCGGGAUGAACCUAAACUCGUCCGAGUGCGUUGCUUUGCUGCUUCUUGUAUAUGAUUGUCCUUUUACUUUGACGCUUGUAUUCACACUAAUUUCAUUCUCACACACUAAUUCGUGUUUUCUGGAAUCCGAUGGGCUCGAUUCUUCUGCCGAUGCUAGUGUACUGUACAUCACAUUUGUCGUGAUCGAUCCUCCUGUUUGUAUCAAAUAUCGACAAUAUAUACAAUGUCCACCGACGAAUGAACUUGUGUGGCUGUAGAUCGCUGCAUCAGACGUUUGCGUCGCCGUGGGCAGACGGCCCGAGCACAAAGGAGCCGCAGUUCAACCUGCCCGCGUGCUACUACAACCAGCCGCCCGUGCUCAAGACGACGCACUUGAGCAAGUUCCAGCUAGAAACGCUCUUCUUUGUCUUUUACGCCAUGCCCAAGGACGUGGUCCAAGCCUAUGCGGCGCAGGAGCUGUACAUCCGCGAGUGGCGCUACCACGUCGAGCUCAAGCUCUGGUUCAAGCGGCAGCCAAACGAAGGCAGCGGCGUGGCGCAGUUCAUUUACUUUGACAUCAACACGUGGGAGCGACGGUUGUUUGGUGGCAACACAUCCGGAGUUAGUGCAGGGUUCAUGGGCGAAGACGACAUCCGAGUCAAGUUUAGCAACAGCGCAUAAAAUAUACUAACUAGUCGUUGGAUUUGGGAAUA